CCACCAGAGUCCAUCUCGCCAUCCCCCUCUCCUGAAGCAAUGUCUCGUGUCUUCCGGGCUCUCCAACCCUUUCAACGCAGCAUCGCCCAGCCACAAGUCCGAGCCUUUUCUGAAGGUGCAGGACCCGACCUUGGAGGCAGGUUCAUGACAGGCAUGGGUGCAGCAGCAUUCAGCCAUUGCCAGAAGUAUGCACGGAAGUACGCAAGGAGACUCUUUGCUCCGGCUGGGCCAACUCCCAGCCAGCAAUUGAGUCAAUAUGCAUACCACAAGACGAUCGACUCCAAGCCAGUUGCUCCACAGGUGGUUUCGCAGAUGGAGAUGGUCGGGAUGAAUGAAUUCAUGGCUGUCCAGUGCAUGGUUGUCCCCAAAGACUUGUUGAGGGAGAAAGUCCAUGUGGGUUUGACAGCGAAGGGAGUGCCAAAUAAAGUGGCUCAGGCCAUUUCGUUUGAGCUUGAUGGGGCUUCCUGUUUUCAAAUGUUUUGGGAUGAUUUCCAAGUGGAGGACGGAACAGGAAGUGCGCACUCCUACAGGGUCAUUGUGAGGAUGUCGGAAUCUGAUGGCCAUUGCGACGUUGCUAUAGCUGCUUCAGGUGCAUCAUUCAAUGCCGCCAAAGAGGUUUCUCACUAUGAAACACAAGAGAUUCCAGAAUACGGGGAUGUGCCGGAGCUUGUCACUGAGUAUGAGGAUGGCCUCUUUAGGCGCUAUGAGAAACAAAAGACAGUGAUGCGGAGACGGCAGAUUGGCCAAAAAAUUUUGAAGAUCCCAAUUUUCAAGCAGAAGACGUUUACAACACAAACCAUGGAAGACGUGAAGAAUUAUUUGGAGGGCAAAGCAAUGAAAGAGGUCUUGCGCCUUUGCCCACCAGCCCAACAAAAUCGCGUGAGUGAGUAGGCACACUUGGCUUUGUUCCCAGGAGAUGAGAGAUUUACAGUGGCAAAUCCGCCAAUUUUUGUGCGUCAGACAGAGCUUUGCUAGGACGCACCAAGCUCUUCUAUCGCGUCGUCAUGCAGCAUCUUCCACAGAUGCGAUCCUUUUAAUGUACAGCAUCGUUUGAUUUCAUGUUCAAUUGUCCACAUUAAAUUUCCAUAGUACACCUGGUGUAUUGUGGAAAGCCCUGCAGACAAGGGCGGUAUGUCGGGCCAGGCAACAGUGCUUCAGAGGCCGUGUGUUUCUUUUUCGACAGAGACUUGAAGCGGAACUCAAAAA